UCGGGGUCCUUGACGUGGCAGGGAUAAACAAAGAUGGCGGCGGAGCUCCGAGCUUCCUGGAGCUUGUUUGGAUAAUUAAGGCUUUAAAAUGAAGGUGAUCUCCGGGGAGUAGUCGGGACCGGCCCGUGUGGAGGAUCCCCGCCGCCUGGCUCGGGCUGUUCUCGGUGUGAAGGAGUGAAAUGAGCGGCUGGGCCGGUUUUUCCGAAGCGGAGCUGCGGAGGAUGCAGCUGGAAGACUCAGCCGGGCCCCCGGGGGCCGCCCGCGGGCGGAAGCCGGCUCCAGCCAACCGGACACGGCAGCAGUUACUGCGGGAGAGAGCCCUUCAGCUCGCCGCUCAGAAAGCCGGAGGAGCCGGUGGGCUUCCCCCGGAGCAGCAACUCACCAAGCCGCCGCCGAGAGAAGAGCCAGCUGCCGUGGCUCCAACUGGGGCUCCGGCUCCAAGAGGAGCUCCGGCUCCAAGAGGAGCUCCGGUUCCGGCUCCAGCAGGAGCUCCGGCUGUCAGACUACAAGCGCAGCCGAAGCCCGGCGAGGUGAAGCAGGGUGAAAACCAUCUGCCGGCCCCAGAUGAUCAAACCCCGGUUGUGAAAGAGCUGGAGAAACAAGAGGUGGAAAUACGGGAGAAGACGCGUCUGGAGCAUCUGCAGCAAGAACAAAAAGUCAUGGAAGAGGGGAACAAACGCAAGAAAGCUCUGCUGUCAAAAACCAUAGCUGAGAAGUCCAAACAGACGCAGGCGGAGGCUGUGAAGCUGAAGAGGAUCCAGAAGGAGCUGCAGGCCCUCGAUGACAUGGUGUCCAAUGAUAUCGGCAUCCUGAGAGAGAAGAUAGAACAAGCCAGCUGGGGCUACAGCGCCGCCAGGAAACGUUACGAGAAGGCGGAGGCCGAGUACGUGACGGCCAAACUGGACCUGCACAAGAAGACGGAGGUGAAGGAGCAGAUGACGGAGCACCUCUGUGCCAUCAUCCAGCAGAACGAGCUGCGUAAAGCCCACAAGCUGGAGGAGCUGAUGCAGCAGCUGCAUCUUCAGGCUACCGAGGAGGUGCUGGAGAAGCUGAAAGAGGAGGACGAGGAGGAGAAGGAGAAGAAGAAGAGAAGCUGUGCGGAGAUGCAGAGAAACGGGAAGGAGGGAAACGGUUUAGUGGCGAACCAGGAGGGAGCAGUGCAAUCAGCCGAAGUCUGUAAACCGACAGAGGACGAGAGUGUGAGGGAGGAGAGCGGAGGUGACGUCCAGGGAGACUUCAAAACAAUGAGUGAACCACCAAAGACUGAACAGGACUGUGACACAUUAGAGAACGGCGUCCGGAGCGAGACGGUGGCGUCCUGAUGAUCACAGAGCACAGUUUGUCACCUCCUCUGUAAAACAUCUGGACACGAUCACACAUUCUCCACCGUGGGAUCAAAAUGAAACUGAGUUUGUCAGUGAGAGUCACAGCUUGAUGCAGGUCUGCUGAACAGUUUGUCUCAGUCUGGCAUCAAACCUCAAGUCAUUGGUCCCGACUGAAGUGACUUCAUCCAAAUCUGUUCUCUACAAACGGAGGUUCCACGUCCAGCGUAUCAGCUGCCGUCAGGGUCUGGCAGCGAGGCGCUCUGCUCCAGGUUCAGCUUCAUCUGUCACAGUUUGCACAAUUAAACCAAGAUGAGCAGUUCUGUCUUAAUCUGAACCCAGAACAGACGGGAAAACGUCAAGUAAACUUCAGCUGCUGCAAAAACCGUCUGUAGGAAAACAAAUGAAAUGUGAUUUCAGUAGGAAUUUUCCACAUAAGUGUCGUAUGACAACAUUUAAAUAUAAAAAACCUCUUCAGUCAACAGAAAUGUCACUUCAGUUGGUUCUGGAUCAGAACCAACAGUUUUUACAGUUUUCACUGAGCGUAGUUACCGGAUCUGCACCACGGUCGCCACACGGGUGAUAUCAUGGGACCUCGGUAUCAAGUUAAUAAUGUUUAAGGUUUAAAGGUUUGACCACUGAGACACUUUAUGAUGAGAGAAGUUGUGCUUCACACAGGAGGAAGGUUGAAUCUCCUGCACCUGAUGAAGGAGCCAUCGUCUCCUCGACUCAGAACGUACGAGUUCGUCCGAGAGGCACAAAACUCUCUUUGAUUCUGGGCUGAAAAAAAAAAAGAAUCCAUGUAACUUUAUUUUUUUAAAUUGCAUUUACACAUGAUUGUUUGGAGACGGGGUCUGAUGUCUGUUUUCAGAAUUUUAAUCAAUUGAUUGAAUUUAUUUGAUGAUUCAAAGAGACACAUUUAACUUUACAUAAAAACACAAAGCCGGCGAUGAUACUCGACAACAACUCACAAGAUGAAUAUAGAAAACUAGACAGAAAAGAAUGAGAACACGUCAACGCAAAUAUCAACUGUACAAAUCUUAGAUCACUCCAGGCUGCGUGUAUUUAUUUGAUAUCUGAGGACUUUGAUUUCUGUUGUCCAAAAGGUUUUUUGUUGAAAGUGAAUCUAUGAAACUCUUGGUGUCUGUAUGAGCAGCAGAACAGACUCGGUCACGUUCAGCUGCUGAACAUGUGGUUUCACAUCAGACGUGAACUAAUCUCUGCAGAUGACGACAGUUUCUGAUUGUGUCUCUAUGGCGAGGAGGAAACACGGGUCCCGCUCGCUUCCUGUAGGUGAGCGUGAAUCCGUGUUCCGAGUGUCGUGGCAGCUGACCCUGGGUCUGUUCCUCAGAGCUCUCUGUCGUCCUGUCGCUGCAGCAGCGGAGCCUCUGAGCGGUAAGAUGAUAUCUGUUCACAUUGUGCCGACGCUCUCGGCUGCACACGGACUGUUUCUGUCGCUGCACACGGAACAAAACACAAAGAUCUCCAGUUUGUGGUUCUGACCAAACUUUCAUUAGUUUGAAUGUUCAUAGUAAACGGUGCAAAGAAAAGUUAUUUAAAGCUGAAAUAUUUAAAAGGUGAGAGGGUUUAUUAUACACACUACUGUUUGAUAUUUUACUAAAAUAAACUAAAAGAACAUUA